CCGUCCGACCUCAGACUCCGGACUCACGCUGCACAGUCGCGUCCCGGUCCUCUGUCCUCCCCUCCCCUCCUCUCCCCUCCCCUCCCCUCUCCUCCGAGAGGAGGUGGCGAAGAGCCCCAGGCACCUGCAGCCCCACCUGGCCUGGGCUCCGGCCGGCCACACCCGCGCUGGUUGAGAACCGCCCGGCUUGGACCCGGCGUCCCGUCCCGAGUGAGGGCUGAGCUACAGGCUCGCUCUCCGAUGGUGUUGCAGGCGGGCUGUAACUCAUUUUCCAUCAGCCUUUCAGAAAGGUGGUUUUGGUAGGAUGCAUAGGAGAGCAUUCCAUGAGUAACCUGUUUGGAGACGAUUUUGUGAUGCUUGAUUCACCCUGGAAGGAAUGUGGACUGAAGUUCUAAGAUUUGUGUAUCUUACCCUCUGGACUCAGCAUUGUGUCUUAUGUUCACUGAAGUCAGAACUUGUAUAAGAAGGAGAAUGGGAGUCUGGUUACAUAAAAAUGACUAUAUCAGAAACCUAAGAAGGCUCAGUCUCUGUCUUCUGAUAGUGUAUAUGGCCCUUUUAGUGGGCACAGAUCAGGAUUUUUACAGUUUACUUGGAGUAUCCAAAACUGCAAGCAGUAGAGAAAUAAGACAAGCUUUUAAGAGAUUAGCAUUGAAGUUACAUCCUGAUAAAAACCCGAACAACCCAAAUGCACAUGGUGAUUUCUUAAAAAUAAACAGAGCAUAUGAAGUACUCAAAGAUGAAGAUCUACGGAAAAAGUAUGAUAAAUACGGAGAGAAGGGACUUGAAGAUAACCAAGGAGGCCAGUAUGAAAGCUGGAACUAUUAUCGUUAUGAUUUUGGCAUUUAUGAUGAUGAUCCUGAAAUCAUAACACUGGAAAGAAGAGAAUUUGAUGCUGCUGUUAACUCUGGAGAACUGUGGUUUGUAAACUUUUACUCGCCGGGAUGUUCACACUGCCAUGAUUUAGCCCCCACUUGGAGAGAAUUUGCUAAAGAAGUGGAUGGAUUACUUCGAAUUGGAGCUGUAAACUGUGGUGAUGAUAGGAUGCUUUGCCGAAUGAAAGGAGUCAACAGUUAUCCAAGCCUCUUCAUUUUUAGGUCUGGAAUGGCUGCAGUGAAGUACCAUGGAGACAGAUCAAAGGAAAGCUUAGUGAAUUUUGCCAUGCAGCAUGUGAGAAGCUCAGUGACAGAACUGUCAACAGGGAAUUUUGUUAACUCCAUACAAACUGCAUUUGCUGCUGGUAUUGGCUGGCUGAUCACUUUUUGUUCCAAAGGAGGAGAUUGUUUGACUCCACAGACACGACUCAGGCUUAGCGGCAUGUUGGACGGCCUUAUUAAUGUAGGAUGGACGGACUGUGCCACCCAGGACAAUCUCUGUAAAAGUCUGGAUAUUACAACAAGUACUACCGCUUAUUUUCCUCCUGGGGCCACUUUAAACAACAAAGAAAAAAACAGCAUUUUGUUUCUUAAUUCAUUGGAUGCUAAAGAAAUAUAUUUGGAAAUAAUACAUAAACUUCCAGAUUUUGAACUACUUUCAGCAAAAGCACUAGAGGAUCGUUUGGCACAUCAUCGCUGGCUCAUAUUUUUCUAUUUUGGGAAAAAUGAAAAUUCAAAUGAUCCUGAGUUGAAAAAACUGAAAACUCUACUUAAAAAUGACCAUAUUCAAGUGGGAAGGUUCGAUUGCUCCUCUGCGCCCAGCGUCUGUAGGGAUCUCUAUGUUUUCCAGCCCUGUCUGGCAGUAUUUAAAGGACAAGGAACGAAAGAAUAUGAAAUUCAUCAUGGAAAGAAGAUUUUAUAUGAUAUACUUGCUUUUGCCAAAGAAAGUAUUAAUUCUCAUGUUACCACACUUGGACCUCAAAAUUUUCCAUCCAGUGACAAAGAACCAUGGCUUGUUGAUUUUUUUGCUCCUUGGUGUCCACCGUGUCAAGCUUUACUGCCAGAGUUACGGAAAGCAUCGACACUUCUUUAUGGCCAGCUGAAAUUUGGUACCCUAGAUUGUACAGUUCAUGAAGGACUCUGUAACAUGUAUAAUAUUCAGGCUUACCCAACAACAAUGGUAUUCAACCAGUCCAGUAUUCACGAGUAUGAAGGCCAUCACUCUGCAGAGCAGAUCCUGGAGUUCAUAGAGGAUCUUAGGAACCCUUCAGUGGUCUCUCUUACACCCACCACAUUCAGCGAACUGGUUAAACAAAGGAAGCAUGACGAGGUCUGGAUGGUUGAUUUCUAUUCUCCAUGGUGUCACCCCUGUCAAGUCCUGAUGCCAGAGUGGAAGAGAAUGGCCCGGACAUUAACUGGACUGAUUAAUGUGGGCAGUGUAGACUGCCAACAGUAUCGUUCUUUCUGUGUCCAAGAAAAUGUUCAGAGAUACCCUGAAAUAAGAUUUUAUCCCCAAAAAUCAAAUAAAGGCUAUCAGUAUCAUAGUUACAAUGGUUGGAAUAGGGAUGCUUAUUCCCUAAGAAUCUGGGGUCUAGGAUUUUUACCUCAAGUGUCCACAAAUCUGACACCUCAGACUUUCAGUGAAAAGGUUUUACAGGGGAAAAAUCAUUGGGUGGUCGAUUUCUAUGCACCUUGGUGCGGACCUUGCCAAAAUUUUGCUCCAGAGUUUGAGCUCUUGGCUAGGAUGGUUAAAGGAAAAGUGAAAGCUGGGAAGGUAGACUGCCAGGCUCAUUCGCACGUGUGCCAGGAAGCUGGGGUCCAGGCCUACCCGACUGUGAGACUUUAUGCCUAUGACAGGACAAAGAAAAGUAUUUGGGAAGAGCAUAUAAGUGCUAGAGAUGCAAAAAUAAUUGCUGCCUUCAUUUAUGGAAAAUUGGAAACUCUCCAAAAUCAAGAAAAGAGAAACAAGGAUGAACUUUGAUGAUGUUGAUGAUGAAGAAAAAUUGAAAAGAAAGAAUUCUGAAAAAUACCAUCAGAAAAGGACGCCUUUUAAGAAUACUUGACUGCAUUUGUGGUGGAAGUUAAUGAACGUAGUCUUGGACUGCUAAGAAUUGCACUGCCUGAAGUCUGUACAACAUUGAUGUAAAGGAAAGAUCUGCAGACUUUCUGGAGAAGGACAGAUCACAGAUGUUUUAAGUUUUAUGGACUUUGUUUCUUUGUCACAUCUUUGUUGUGGUUGUUGGUUUUAAUGAUUCUUUUAAAAAACAAAAACCCAUUCUUAGCUCAGGGCCAUACAAAAACAUCACAGGCCAGGCUCAUUCCAUGGGCCUCAAUUGCUGCCCCUAGAAACAUUUUGCUGUCUGGCUCUGCCGUGAGCCUGUUCACUGCACAGUGGAGUAUUUCUCAGUAAAAAGGUGGAACUUGGUUAUCAAAAACACGCAAAUAGGCCAGGGAUUUAGCUCAGUGGUUCUGCUGCCAGCCUUGCAAGUGCAAGGACCCAAGUUCGAUCCCCGGUACCAAAAAAAAAACAAGCAAAUAUAGGGGCCGGGGAUUUAGCUCAGUGGUUCUGCCGCCUGCCUUGCAAGCGCAAGGUCCCGAGUUCAAUCCCCUGUACCAAAAUAAAAACAUGGAAAUAUGGUAAAAUAGAUAUAACAUGCUUUCAUACUGUUUUAUACUGAAGAAAUUCUCCAUUUUGCUUUAAAAGUUGAAGAAAUUUUUUAUUUUUUACAAUUGAGAAAUUUGCAACAGUAAGUAUAAAAAUCUUACAGACUGCCUUAUCACCCAGAAAAGCCAGAAGGGGAAGAACUCACAGUGAGUAAAUGGACCUCUAAGCUACUCGAACAUAGCAGUUAGAGUUCUGUAUUUUUUAAAUGUGUGCAUUUAUUUUCUGAAAUUGCUUUCAUAAAAAUUUUUCCACUGACAGUUCAUUUUUUUGAGGCCUCUAUUUAUUUACAUUUAUUUUUCCAUAGCUGUGGUUUUUCCACUCCAAUCUACUCAUUCAAAUAGGGAAAAGUUUUAUAGAUUUUACUGUAGCUCAUAAUGAUACUCUGGUUGUUGCUGUAACAAUGUCAGAGGCUGCCUUUACCAGCUAAAUGUUGGCAUAACUGAACUUAUUUUUAUAAGAAAAUCAAGUGUAUAAAUCUAAAAUGGGAUCUUUUAGUUCCUGGGUUCUGAUUCAAAACAUCACAGAAUUUUUUUUUGCAUUUCAACAAAACUGCGAGAAACCUCUAGUUGUUUAGUUACAAUUCAGAGUGUAUGGAAUGCUAAAAAUUUCAAUUUACCAAGAGAUUAAUAAAAACACUGCAUUUUUCCAAAAACCUAUUAGGUUUACGGUGUAUUGAGUUUAGAAGAGUUUUGUUUUUAUCACUACAGCUUGCUCCCCAGUAUUUCCUUAUGAAGGUUAUUUUAUAUCUGAAAUGUGUACAGAACAUAAUAGUCUUCAUUCAUUCUCACCUCCCACUGUGUGAAUAGUCUCCAAUUCUUUUUUUCUACUGGGGAUCGAACUCAGGCCCUUGCGGCUGUAAGCCAGGUGGUGGCACCACUGAGCUAAAUCCCCGGCCUCCCAUUAUUUCUUUAUUUGUACAACUCUGUGUCUUGCGUUCAUACAUGUGGUGGGAACCUGUGGAACACACCCCUUUCAACAUCAGCUUUUUGAAACAUGAUCGAUGAUGACGAAAGCCGUUCAUUUAUUAAAUUUAUUUUUUAAAUCCUA